GUUAUCAGAUUGAAAGUGACAUCAUAAGUUCCCUGUGAUUCAACUUCUGACCCUUAUUAAUGGUAUUAACGAUUCAACAGGAACUUGUCGAACUCACAGCUUUGGCAUCUUUGGGCUACAGCCUCCACACAGACACAACCUUGGAAGUUGGACAUGCAUGGAGGAUUAGGACACUAGACCAAAGAAGGUUCACAAAGUCGAACGUUUGGACACAAAUGAUAAGAUUGGCAUUAGCUCGAGCGCACUUGACAGAUUGUGGAAUGAGAUCUCCAGCCGAUGGCAUGACGUAACCACUGACGACUUCAUACUUACGGAAGAGGAUGGAACAGAACUUGUAGAUGAUCUCUACUAUCAGCAGUUGGCGUCAAAGACUCCACUUCAACUCCGAUUGAAAACCAAAGGAACACAGUCAGAAAGCAAAUCUUACGCAAGGGUAAACGCAAGACCUCUGACAGAUGCUGUUAUCCAUGAAAUAGCCACUAAUCGCAUAACCCAUGACAUCACGAAGUUGGGCAUCGCCAUGGGCUUAACACAACAACGUGUAUCAAAGUACAAAGCAGAGAAUGCUACGGAACCAAGGGCGGAAAGCCGUGGAACGGAGAAUAUGAUCAUGUACUGGCGCCAAAGCUGUGACCAUAUUGAUCAGUUAGGAACUUUCUGCGGUAUACUUCAACAGGCAGAACUCAACGAACUAGCUGAUGACCUAUCAGGUGGUACGAUUUACUCCACCCAUCGCGUUAAGAGCAACAUGGAUGUUACGGAUCUACAGCGACUUCGAAAGUGUCACCAUGAUUACGUCGAUGUGUUAUACGUACGAACAGUGCCGUGGAAACAGGAGACAGAUGUUCCUAUAAACGAUGGUUUCACUCCUCCAUCUCUCUUCUAUCAUAAAAAGACAUCAAAAGGUAAUUUCCCACGUUUCGACCCUGACUUCAGCUGUGUGAAAUCUACUUUCUUCAAUGAUAUCCACUUCAACGAUGACAACGUCUCUAAAAGAGAAAAUGUGGAGUUUUUGACUGGAUCAUAUAAUGACAUUUUCAGGAUACAGCAAAACAAUGCGUCACCCGGUCGUAUCCUUAUUAAUGGUCAUGCUGGAGUUGGAAAGACCACAUUUAUUUUAUGUGUAGGCCUAUGUAUUUUAAACAUAUUUUUUUGUUGUAUAGUUGUUAUUUUUUUCCAAUUUUUUUUCAUUAUUUUGUUGAUUUCGUUUAUUUUGAAACGUGUGUUUCUUGCAAUCUAAUAAAUUGAUUGCAGGAUGGUCUUUUUUCGGUAAUGAAUGUUAAUCAGGGAGUAGCCUAGAUAGGUCUAUUUGGCUUUUGCUAUUCCCCCACAUCGCAUUCAUUACCCUAUGUAUUUUGUUAUUUUUGUUAAUUUGUCAUUUUACAAUAUUCAUUACUCCUUUACUAUGGAAUCAUUUUGAUUGAUCUCGAUAUAUUGUAUCUUGUAUGUUUUUUACAGAUGUGAAAUAAAUGAAUUUGAAUUUGAAUUGUAUAAAUUAGCACACGACUGGGCUAUUUCAGCGCAAGACUCUGAACUUAGAUCAGUUAAAUUGUUAAUUCAUUUGUCUCUGAAAGGUGUACAUGCAAUGUUAGGGGAUGAAGUAAUUAAGCAGCUCUUACCAAAAGACACGAAUUUCACAGGAGAGCAGAUUGAGAACUGUUUGCGACAGAACUCUGAAGAUACUGUAAUUCUGCUUGAUGGAUUCGAUGAAUCCCAGCUCGCAUUUCAAGGGACUGAAGGCCGGUUACCUAAUGGAAGCUUGUACAGAUCAAUAAAAUACGAAGAAUUUCGUUACUGCAGAAUAGUUGUAACCUCAAGACCAUCGAAAGCUGAUGAAUUUCGUGGGCAGUUGUUCAAUUCAUAUGCUGAAAUUUCAAUAAAUGGGUUCGUUCGCAUUUCAAUUGAUGAAUUCAUAGAUAAUUAUUGCAACGAGAAGGUUUCUGCAAAGGUUAAGCAAUUCAUAACGAGUAAUCUAUUAAGUUUGCAACCUCUCUUACGUGUCCCUCUCUUUCUUGCCAUGAUUUGUGAGACAGUUUCAAAUGACUUAAUCACUAAUCGUCCUUUUACAAGGACAAAUCUGAUUAUAACAUUGUGUAAGUAUUUGUUUAACACGUACUGCGAUAGGUAUAAAUCGUCGGAAAAUAAGGUAGCUCGAAAUUUGCUCUCUAUAAAUCUGAACGACUGUUUGGCCACAUUGGGUAGAUUGGCCGGUAAACAGUACAUAAUUGAUAUGAAAGGUAAUGAUUUGACGCCCCAAAAUCACGAAAUACUUGAAAUAUGUAUGAAAGUUGGUUUCAUUUCUACAAAUGAGAGGAGAAGAAUGCAAGGGAAAGAAAACUGUUUGUACUUUUUCCAUGGUUUACUUCGAGAUCUCUGCGUGGCGCAACAUAUAGUGUCAAGUAGGGCAUCAACAGAAAUCGAUGCACAGUCACAAAACCUCAUAGAUAUUCAUGAUGUUCAAAUUUCUGACAGCGUCUUCAUUUUUGAAUGCGGAUUGUUAGCAGGCAGAGAGUGUGUGCAAACAGUAUUUGAUUUUUCGAGUUGGAGCGGAUACGGUAUCGAGAAUUGCACGACAGACUUUCUCAUUCAGUGCUACUUUGAGUGUCAAUCUGAAGGCUACAUGGAGAUAAGGACAGACAUAUUCAAUAAAAACAGAACACUUUUCAUGGAUCUAAACGUUUUAAACGAUUUUGCCGCUGUCAAACACUUUUUGUCACACAAUCCACAAUCCCUAACCGAUUACUAUUUCACUCAAUUUGUAAUCAAAGGGGAAGAAUAUAACAUAGUUGAGGAAAAAAUGAAUACCCAAGACAAAGAAAGAGAUUGUCUUUUCAACAACUUAGAUUUAAAAAUUAUAUACGAAUUGAUGUCACCGUGUUUAUACCUAACAUCCAUCACUCUUCUUAACUGUGCUUUUACUUUAGUCGGAUAUGAAGGGAAACAAACCAGUCAAUUUAAAAGCAUUCAGUUUAUGUCAGUUUGUGGUUGUCGCGGGAAACAGUUACUCAAUACCUUGCUUUACUCCAUUGCUAAGCAGUACCCAUACCUUCAAAGUCUUAUACUGACGAAGGUGUUUGAUGUAAAUGCAGAUGAAUGCGAUCAAAUUCUUAACCUGUGUAAUAUGGUUUCUAUGCUCUUUGAUGUAGGGCCGACUUGUUCUGAAGUGAAAUUAGCUGGAAUGGAUGGAGAGGAUCUGGACAACCUGCAAUGUGAUGUACAUGAAUCUCUUCAAGAACUUAAAGUUUUUGACAGUGUCGAAGUGUUGAAUACAUCUAAACUUCUUACAUCACUUGCGCUACAUUUUCCUUCUUUAAGUUGUUUAACCCUUUCCCGUUGCCAAUUACAUUUUGAUAAUUCAACUUCAGAACAAAAACCAGCGCAAAAUAUUGCGACUUCAAAUAUGCAGAUGAUAAUAAAGGAAUGUAAAACUUCAAUAGUUCUAUCAAAUUUAUUGGCGGUCGGGUCCAUUUGUUUCCCGUACCUUAACCUGCUUCGUAUCGCAGACUCUUCUAUAGAUUUCCAAAACAUGACUGAAAAAUUCCACCUUAAGAAUCUGAAGUAUGUGUACUUCAAACACUGCUUGCAAGCUGUUGAUCUCUCUCAUGUCAUUCCAACUUUCAAAAGUAUGUUAAGUCGUCUUCCCCACCUCGCAUUUAUUGAUUGUUCAUUAAACUCCUCUCUUGAACUCAUGAACAACUGUCGAGAAGAGCUCUUUCCGGAUAUUGCCCUUACAAAUUGCAGAAUUCCAUAUCAGUGCAUUUCGUGGAUGAGCACCUGGUGCGAACGCCUAACUAUGCAUGUAAAUGAAAAUUUAUACGUAGAGAUUUUGUAUGAACAGGUUUGGUCAGAAAGAAAGCUCAUCGCCCACCUCCAUUCGAAGUUCAGAAUAAAUAUCAACGACGCUGCAAACUUGCCAGGAUGGUUUCCAGAUUUACACGCUCUGUACUUUUAUAGCUCACUGCAGCCAUUGACACUUGAAGAGUUUCUGGGCGUUCAAUAUCCAUCUGUGCAGGUUUGUUUAUUCCGAGAAUGUAAGGAAGAAGUAAACAUGUCAGACACUGUCUCUAUUCUGAAUACCUGUUGCCCAAUACUAGAAAAGAUGUUCAUUAGAUAUUGCGAUGUGUCAUUUGGUAGUGAUACCCAAUUUGUACAAUCUGACAUACGGCAAGUUGAAUUUGAUGGUUGCAGAUUUAUAACCUAUUCGGCUGUGAUGUCAUUCAUCGCUUUGUGUUGUCCAUAUGCUGUGGAACUGACCAUAGGAAACUCUGAAAUUGGUAAAGAUGAAAGUCUAUAUCUGUCUCGAAUGACCGCACCAGAACAUAACAUAUCAAUGUCCUCUCACCCAGUUGGCAGUACUAUUUUAUCAGCUGCUGGAUUACCAAGAACUCGGCAUAAAGCUCUUAAACUAAAGUUUUUAGAAAGAGUAUACCUUACAAACUGCUCAACAUCCCUCGAUAUUACGGAUAUUAUCAUAGUGACCAACUAUUAUGUUCAGACCCUUGUGGCAAGUAUCAUUUUGACAAAAUGCCCUGUUAAUUUUACUUCAGAAAUUGCCAUUCCAAACUCGCCAAUUUUGAAGGUUGUAACACUUGAUGGUUGCAAAUUACCAAGUAAAGGUAUAUUCUGGGUUGCUAAACUGUGUCACAUGGUGCAUUUGUAUAUGAAUGACAACCUUCUGAUAGAAGUAUUCCAGAACACAUAUUCAGGGAAAGAUCAUAAGGUAAUACACAUACAUUCAGCAUGUUCAGAGGCUGCGAUUGAUAUGGGAAGUGUCCCAGUUUUGCCGACCUUAUUGCCCAAUAUAGAUGUAAUAGUGUUUUUUAAUGUCCUGGUUGAUGAUUUCUCAGAUACAUGGAAGGGCGUGAGAUAUUCUUCGGUCAAAUCUGUACAUUUUAUGGACUGCGAGGAUGUGGUGAGUAUUCAACAGGCAUUUACUGCUUUAUCACGGUAUUGCCAAAACGUCGACCGCUUCGUGGUAGUAAAUGGAUAUGUGCUUUUUGACAAGAAAGAAGACAGAUUCUUGCCAUUAAAAGAACUCAUUUUUGACAGAGUGAGGCGUUUGAGAUUUUUGGAAAUUGUCGACUUCAUUACUACUCAAUGCCCAAUAUUGGAAGACCUUAAGAUACAAGAGUCUGAACUGGAAGAUGAAAGCAAUGAUGCAGAAGGUUCCACACCUGCUGCAUCCAGUAACUUGAAAGCUAUUGGGUUCUAUGACUUUGUAAAAGUGCCCGUAGACGUAUCUAAGGUAAUAUCAAUUGUGAAGUUACGCCUCCAGGCAGUAAUAUCAUUGUCAUUCACUACCUGUAAAUUAGCAUGGGGUUGCGAUAUCAACCCUUCGUCUUACCAGUGGUUUGAGUCCAUCUUGUUCAAAGACUGUAUCUUUCCAACAAAAGCUCUUGUUAAUAUUAAAUCGUCUUGUGAACGUGUUUACAUUCAGGUUGAUGAUGUGUUCAUAGAAGUACAGGAUGCUAAGGAAAUAUUUGGCAAAUUAAAGGCGAUUUUGAAGUCCGAUAAUCCUAUCAAUAUUCAUGAUGCAAUACAACUACCAUUUGAUAAAAAUGACGAUGAAAUUUAUGAAUUCGAUUUCCACAAUGUAUUAGAUUGUCGUCAGCACAAUCCUGAAAGGGGUAGACUUUACGUCGCUGUAAGCUUUGUGCACUUUCUCAAAUGCAAACAUUCACUGAAUAUUCCCCGUACCUUGUCUGUAUUUUCAAGUAGUUGUCCCAAUCUGAGGGAACUUACCAUCUCAGACACUAAUGUUAUUCUAGGUGGAGAACGAGUUGAAUCGCUUGGACAAGUGAAAAGAAUAUCCAUGGAAAAUGUUAACCAUUUCGAUUUUAAGGAUAUUUUACUCCUUUUAACAUUUCAAUGUCCCUCUGUAGAAUAUAUUUCUGUGAUCAACGCUGAGAUAUCAUUUCAUUCGUUCUCCCUUGAAAUGCCUAACAUAGAUAAUUGCUCCAUUAAGGAAAUAUAUCUAUGUAACUGUAAUGUUCCCGAGAAGUUUAUGCAGCUUCUGAAUGAAGGAUACCCAGAAUUUGAAAUUAGCUAUUUCUUGAAUGAAAAUAAACGGAACUGUGAGACUGCAGAGUGGUUGAUUACCAGAAAACCUGAUUAAAUCUGAACCAUUUUUGUUUGUAUAAAUAUACUAUGCCCAAAUAGAGUAAAAGCUAAAUCGAUGCAUUUGUGAUGGAUUUAUUUUUCUUGGAAUUUUCAGGUUUUUGUGGCCUAUCGCAUGUAUACAUUGUUAGUGGCAGCGCAACUGGGGUCUGGGGCAUAGGUCUGAGGCCCUCAGUUCCUCCCUCUUUUUGUUUGCUUAAAUGUGUGCAAAAUGUGUUUAUAUCAUAAACUCUUGAAAUUCACCACUCACGCACUUCCCCGUUUCCUUUACAAUAUGGAUUUAUAAUAAUGAUAAUAAUACCAACAUGCUUAUAUAGCGCAUAUCACUGCCAAAUGCGUCCCUAUGCGUCCCUAUGCGUCCCUAUUUAAUGACAAAGUAGUUUAUAAAGCUUGGAUAGUCAUCAGGGAAAAAAAAUAAUAAUUCCCUUGUUUCAUCGAAUUUGAUUAUAUAUUCCCUCGCUCAAUGGAGGGGUGGGAGCUAUAGGCUUCUGUCUCGCUAGCGUUGUUCUAAAAAUUGAAUCCAAGAAGUAAAUUCCUGCUCAUUAAUUUCAUGUGCGAUGACUAUUUUCGGGACAGGUUUUUGUCAUAAGAAAAUUACGGGAAACGGGCCUACAGUUUAUUUAAUGACAGUGAUUGAAAAUUCUUUAUGUAGUUGUUAUCAAUAAUAUCAAGGCAUUAUUUUUUGCCAGCGAUUAACAUUCCUAAAAUUCUAUUAUGAUAUUCGUAUUUAGCAGACAUUUUCUGCAUGUUUUUUAUUUUAUUUGUAUAAUUGCAUUUGAUAUGAUUUCAUAAUGUUUAAUCUGAAAACUGUGUAAAUGAAUUGCGACUAGAUUUAAUGAUCUCAAUUGGUAAUAUCAAAAUGCUGUGUAAAUAAAAUGUAAAAAGAGAAUUAGGCACUGACGAAGAAUGUGGCUUUAACUAUCUUUUUUGAGACACAGAGCUAUGCUCCUUGUUUAAAUCAAUGAUUUUAUUUUUACGACAUUUUACUGAAUAUUACCAAUUGUGACUAUUGAUUAUAAUAUCAUCGUUAUUGUUAAAAGUGCCGAAACAUACUAUUUCUACCUUGCGUUCAUUAAAAAAAUGAAACCCGUUUUAAGAUAUAGAUUUUACAAUUAUUAGAUAUGUUUUAACUAUAGAGUUGACACUUAUAGUAUAUGUAAGAGACUGGAAAUCUAUUAGAUUUGGGACCCAAAGCUUAGAAAUUUGUUCAGACAUGAGUGAUUACAAACAAUGUUGAGGCAUAUCAGAAACGAUUUGCGCAACGCGUGUGAAUCUGAAUCCACUCUAAUUUUAGAGAUCAACGACAGGGUACCAUGACAUUUGCUCCGGCGACAAUUGCUCUGAUGGAAAAUAUGCACGUUAAGCCAAACAAAAACAUCUACACUCUAAAAAAUGAAGUGCCAAUUUAGGACUUAAUGGGCUAUCAUUCAAAUUUGAACUAAAAAAUCAGCACUCAAAGUGCAGUCUCUAUAAGCCCAUUAAGUGCUAAAUUAGCACUUCUUCUUUUUAGAGUGUAACCUCAAAAACUAAAUAACCCCUAAUAAUCAUUGUUACAUUAUUCUGAAUUAAGAACUCUAAUGCAAUCCUAACUCUAACACUAUGCCCUCUGAGAUAUUGAGACCGGAGCAAAUGUCACAGGAGCAAAGUCUUUUCACCCAGUGGAUUAACGCUAUAAUGAGUCGAUUUAGUCGAGUAAGCACAGCCGUCCUAUCGUUAUCCAAUCUUGUUCAAUCUUCCGCACAACCCGAACUCAAUUAGGUGUAAAAAUAUAAAGGAAUAAUUGAAUUUUAUGAUCAUGUUGUUAAGAAAAUAAUGUAAUGGGUUAUUAUUGUGAGGACAACCCAAAAGAUCCGGCUAACCUUUAGGCCCAAGUUGUGUUUAAACAAAAAUGAAAGAAUUGAAACAAUUUUGUUAUUGGGUUUAUAACACUCAGACGAAUGAAUUCCACACUGCAGAUAUUUAAAAUAAAACCCCGUCACACUAGAGGCGGAAUGAGCCGGAAUGCCGUCGGAAUGAAAAUUCUUGGUACAUUCCUGGAUAUUCGAAGUGCAUUUUAAAAAUUCUGACUGCAUUCUGAGUGCAUUCCAGACAUUCGGGUCCAUUCUUGUGACCGGCCCGAAUGUUUUGCUCAUGUUCAAAACUUUCGAAGUGCAUUCCAAGUGGAGAAAUAUCGAACGACAUUCGAAGUGCACUCUGACUGCUCUCUGACUGCAUUCUAAAUAUUCUUACGACAUUCUAAGAGCAUUCUUAAUAUUCUUCCUGUGUUCCGACUGUAUUCGAGGUGCAUUUGACAGUCAAUACAUCCGGAAUGUGCAAGAAUCAUUCAAGGCGGGAUCGAAGGACGUUCUAAGUAUUCGAACGACAUUUUUGCAAAAGUAGUGAAAAUUUCAAAUUCCCUCCCGAAUGUGGCACGAAUUUUGAAAGUUCUUCAGUCCGGCUGGUUCUGCUCGAUUCCUGCUGAUUCCGAAUAAGUGUGACGGGGGUAUAAGCGAGACCUUUAAUUAUUCUAUUAAUGAGAGAUUACAUCACUCAGUUGUCACUUGUAACAUAUUAAGUAUGUUAGUAUGUAAUAAUCUUGUAUUAGUGAUUGUGAAUGAUUAACAUGCAUGGAACAGUGAAUUAAAGAUAUAAUCUAAGAUAUU